AUGGUUUACAGUGGCAUGGGCCCUGAUUUCCGGGUUCUAGUCGACAAAGCUCGUAAAGCUGCUCACACAUCAUACAAGCGCAUCUAUAACGAAUACCCUCCUACCCGUAUUCUGGUUCAAGAAGUGGCCAAGACCGUGCAAGAGGCAACCCAAUCUGGUGGUGUUCGUCCUUAUGGAGUUAGUUUAUUAGUGGCUGGAUAUGAUGAGUCGCAUGGAUUUGGUCUAUACCAAGUUGACCCAUCGGGCUCUUACUUCCCAUGGAAGGCCACUGCGAUUGGUAAAGGUAGCACCUCUGCGAAAACCUUUCUUGAAAAGCGAUGGAAUGAAGAGCUUGAACUUGAAGACGCCAUUCAUAUUGCUUUGCUAACACUCAAAGAAACAAUAGAAGGUGAUAUGAACGGCAACACCGUUGAAAUUGCCGUUGUCGGAGAGCCUGCCGAUAAUAUGCUAGGUUUCGAGGGUGUUUCGGGCACUACAGGUCCCCGAUUCAGAAAACUCAGUGCCCAAGAAAUCGAUGAUAGACUUGAUACUUUGUAG